UUUCACGUCUCGCCAGUCACCCCAAUGUGUGAGAACGCUGCGAACCUGCUAUAUCUCACUAUCUACAAUCCGACCCUCAAGCCUGCCUCUAAUGCAUCUCCUGACGACGAAGACGCUGAGGAACAGGCCCAUAUCUUGUUCUAUACUGCGAAAGAACGAGCGGUCUCGCGUGACAGAAUGCUCAGGCAGAUUGGACUGGCUAAGGCACUCAUCAGCUUUUCCGAAAUUCUGAGCGUCGAUGGACCUUGCGAUAAUGUGCAUUCACAGACGAAACGACUCACCAUGGUGCAACCCGAACCGAACUAUUGGAUACACGCGGGUAUAGAAAUGGCCAGAACCCCAAGACCUGUUAAGGGCAAGGGCAAGGAGAAGGAAAAGCCAAAGGCGGACACGCCAACAGUGUUCGAUUAUCAUGAUUACUCGGCUUACGAUGUGGCCGUCAGAGCUGACAUCCUCCGUGGAUACGAAAAGUUCAAGCUGAAACACGGCUCUUUUGCAUCCAUUCUCUCUUCCCUCGGUCGAGAAGCUUUGGAACUACAACUAGAGAGAUUCUUCACCGUCUGGGCAUGGUCUUGGGACCUAGACGAUGGACCGGAGUUUGGACAACUGCUUGGCCCAUCCCGUCAUCCUCUACAGAUAUCACUUUCCUCAAUCAUGGAUGAAUUCUCGUCGCGAUUACCAAAUGAAGUGGUGCCCAUUGCCGUGUCUCCCCCCUUCAUUAUACCUUCCACACGAUAUACCGACUCUUCAUUCCCAUCUGCUUUGGCCGCUUUCAUAUUAUCUCUCGUACCACCAAUAGUUCCAGAACCAGCAGACCCGCCUCCUCUUCUUCACGUCAGCAUGGCCUCAUCGCAACCCGAACCUGCACAGGUCCGAGAUGCCGCAGACGAGAACAGCAAGACCUUCCUCGGGAUGAAUUUGGAUGUGCGAAUGGAUAUGCCGAAAUGGAAUUGGCCGGGUUAUCUCACGUUUGGAAAAGGAGGGAAGAAACCACCCGAUCUGUUUGCGGUUACUCCAAGAAACGAGGACAAGGGUGAUCCGUUGACCUUCCCGUUGGAUACUCCGCGUCUGGAGCAGACGACCGACUUUGACGUUGACCGGAGUGCCCUCGAAGAUGCUAUACAAUCUGAACAGCUCCCUUUGCCGCUCGAGAAGAGCUUCGAUGACGCUUCCAUUUCUGAAACCAUCAAGCCUACCCUAGACGAUGAAGAUGCAGCAGAACAACCGGGAGACGUCAUCGAUACAAUCUCCGUCCCCAUUGACGAAACUGCGAAUCAAUUUGAAGAGCAGACACGACCAGAGCCUAUCGAGUUCUCAGCCACAAGCGUCUAUCUUGCUAGUGGCCAAGACCCCAAUGAUACCGUAAAGAAGAAACUCUUUUACGUUGUAAGGAGUCGCGUGCUAGUGUGCUUGAUAGGCCUAGAAGAAGCCGGCGAUCUUGCUGAAGAUGCUGCCGCCUUGGCAGCUUCUCUAUAUACCAGGCUUAAUGACGAGCCAUUGACGAAGUCGACGGACUCCGUGCCAUCUGCCACAAUGAUCUUGCAACCCAAAGACCGCUUUGUCUUGACAACUUCAAGUCUUGUCAUUCCCAGCACAGACUUCCAAUCUCGGUCUGGGCACUUGUACAAUGCACGCCAGCUGUUGCAUGGAAGGGAGCCCAAUAUCACGGAAAUAUUCUCUCGGGGUCAAAAUCCGCAGCAUUGGCAUGUCGCACGACACGGUCUAGGCACUGAGACAGGGACUGUCGAAGAAGAUGUUUAUCUGGAGGUCUUCCGCAAGGAGACUAGCCUGACCGACGUGGAUAAUACUCUCGCGGCAGUCAUACGUCGCAAUGGCAAUCUGUAGAUCCGACUGGAUUAUCUCCUGCAUAUACCCUGAAGUCCGGUACCAUUGUAGAUGCAACAUCAACAUAGGGGAGUAGCCAUCACCUUGAGCACGUGUGAUCCUCAUUCUCGAAUCUCUCCCACAUCCUUGGUGCGAAGUUCCAGUCCUAGUCCAGUUCUGGAUCCUCUAUCUGAGCACGGCCGAGAUGGCGCAAACGUGUUGCGCGGCGGGGAUCCACUGGACAUCCAUCGACGCUAUCUCCUGCGAUUUCGGCGCCAACAAGCUUCUGUGAGAACGUCACCGAGGAACCUGCGAGGAAGUGAAAGGAAUGGAUAUUUUGGGGUUCAUUGACGCAGCCCGUGAUCAUACAGAGCGCCGUCGGACUGACCCUCCCGUCUAUUGCUCCUGUGACGCAUAGGUUGCAAGGUGAGGCAUCGAUCGUCUCUGUUCCUGAAGUAUCUUUGGAGCGCGUUUCCGCCCUGUGCUCCGUGCAUCGUCGCUUCCAGCAGCCCCUGGGCCCUCGGAUUAAAUUUGAUUUUCUCAUCCUCCCGCGUCGAUCUUGCCUUUGUGCGCCGGUAUGACUCUUGUGUGGCCGGUCACUACGUAUCCGUGCCAUCUGCCUAUCGAUCAACCCUGCAGAUAUUGUCUACAUGGCUCCGAGUCGCCUCUGUUUGGAGUGUUAAUCUGAGCCGCGUGGAGGGCUCGUUCUAAGCAGAAAGGAGCUCAAUAGCGAAAGAUGCGCACGAUUCGGCAGUCCACAGAAAUGAUCUCCUUAUGUUUUUCCCCACCCGACUCGAUCUGACCCUCCAACUCGCUGCCCGAACUGUACGCCGAGCAGCACAACCUGCUAUCUAGUCCCCUCAGGCGAGUCUCCGCCUCUUUAUCAGAAUCUUUCGUCACUUCAAACUGGACUUCUCGAGUAUCGGCGACAACGCAAGCAGCUUCCCUUUGCGCCACAGUACAAUCCAAAUCGUUAUCGCCGAAUGCAGCUCAUGCUCUGGACGUUUACUGUGCUCGAGCAGUUGGUGUUUGCCGUCGUGGAUCAACUGCGCCAGAUUGGACCAUAAUUCAACCUCGGUGCUUUUCUCGUCGACUCAUGAACCAUGAGCCCUUCGUGAGUCAGGGUACCACAUAGAACCGCAAUAAACUUUCUUCGAAUGUACAACUGUCUAAAUAAACAUCUACUAUCUCACGGGUUGGCAGCAAAAGCACUACAUGUAGUAAAAUAGACGGUGGCGUUGGCACGGAAGGCACGGGUUAGGAGGGCGUGGUGGUAUGUCAUUGUCAGGGUCCUGGCUCUUCUGGGAAAGAAACUCGAAAAACGAGGACACAGCAGACACGGCAGAACUCGACCACAGUCGUUAUUGGCAACCAACACACACCCCGGGUCGCAUAAGCAUCAUGAUGCUGACCCAGCCAUCGCUGUUCUUGAGGGGGGGACGCGAGUAAUGGCAGGGUCUGCAGUCAGGUUAUUGAUACAAGUGCGUCACUGCGUGCCGCGUUGCGUCGCUACUGCGGGUGGUGCGAAAGUAAGUUGAGGGGGUGUUCCCGAUUGGGAGACGGUGAGGCAAGAGAGAUUUUACGUAAGAGGGUGGGUGUCUACCGUGUCCCAGUCGAGUUCGCUUCUCUUCUUUCAUUUCUCUCCGCCUACCAGCUACAUUGCGCGCGAGACUUGGUCCCUUACCGCUGUACCAAAAUCACACUUCUGCGGGCUCAGCAUCUACCAGCACCCCUUGCCUGACAGGGCUCCACCGGAAGCUACAUCCGACAUCGCGCGGUCGGGGAUUGGGGUUGAGCCACGCUGCAGCGACCGAUACGCCCUUUCUUUGCGAAACCGAAGCCAGCGUAAUUCGGCUGAACGAUCACUGAAGGCGCCUCUGCUUAUCGACCCCUGCGACUCGCUCCCUCGAACCACACGAAUUAUUUUACAACAAAAGCAAUGUCGUUCUCCUACCUCAACUUCCCAUUCGACGAAUACAAUCCCGAGACGCUCCAAGACCAGAACGACACAGAGGAUUGGGAGCGCGCCCGGAUAUUCGGGAUGCCCGCGGUGCAAGAUGCCUACGAGAGCCUGGAGAACCUGUCCAACUUCUCUUCCUCAUUCGGGACGUCUGUCUCCCCAUUUUUUAACCCCGAUGCGGCGUUCAUGAACCCUUCGCCACUCUCGAGCGCCAGCGGGACCUGGUCGGAUGAGAGCUGGUCGCCUAGCUCGACAGCGUUCAAUCCGUUCCAGCCUUCAUCGCAUGACAAUUCCCUGGGCCGCCCCCUGGCACGUGCUUUAACGACAGCACCACGCUCGACGUCACCGGCACCGCUUACCGCCUCUGCUCGCCUUCCGCUUUACUCCGGUUCCGGAUUUGAUGCGCUUUCUCUUCUGGCACGUGUUAUGGCCCGGCCCAAUCCGACGAUUCAGCUGGGCCCAGUCGAUUUCUCGACGUCGUUUGUGGUGGUCGACGUGCGCCGACACGAUGAACCGAUCGUUUACUGCUCCCCAAGUUUCUGUGCUCUGACUGGAUACAGCGAGAAGGAAGUCAUGGGCCGCAACUGCCGGUUUCUGCAAGCCCCGCCGACGUCGGAGAGCUCUGGCGAGCUACUGCCUCUGGCUAAGGGAGACCCCAGACACCACACCUCGCAUGUAGCUGUUCGGGCACUGGCUAAGGCUGUCGGGGGCCACAAAGAAUCGCAAGUGAGCGUCGUGAACUACCGCCGUGACGGAUCUGCGUUUGUGAAUCUUGUGUCUAUUGUACCACUUGUCGGAGAAUCGGGUGUUCCUGGCAUGGAGCAGGACGGAGAGGUCGUGUGGUAUGUUGGGUUUCAGGUUGAUCUGACGACGCAGAGCGAGAGCAUCGUCCAGCGCGUCAAAGAAGGUCGGUACCAUAAAGGUGUUCCGUUGUUGAGUGCUCCGUCGAUGGAGGACGACGGCAUAAAAAGUGAAUCUGUGCCUCAGCGAGAGCGGAGAACCAAUCUCGUUCCUGCUCCUCUCGUGUCUUCUCUGCUGGCCCGAUUGCUCAUCAAUCCUCGCUUCUUGGCAAGUCUGGAUGCCACUCCUGUUUCCACUGUCGGUGCUCUGGUGCCAUCCACGUCUGGUGGUGGACUGCCUCCGGAUCCAUCCAGCCAUGCUUUGCACUCCAUUCUACUUGGCGCAUUGCCAGAUUUCAUACACGUGCUCAGCCUGAAGGGCGCGUUCCUAUAUGUUUCGCCGGCGGUGACGCGUUGUCUUGGAUGGGCGCCAACGGAACUGGUGGGGCGGUCUUUGGAGGAUAUUUGUUUCUCGAGGGAUGUGGUCAGCGUUGGACGGGCUCUCAAAGAAGCCAGUCUGCCUGCAGAAGGCUGGGCUGGUGAUAAAGCGCUUGGUGGCACUUCAUCCGAAGCAUUGCGUGUGGUUGACUUGGUAUUCCGGGCCCGGACUAAGCAAGGGACUUGGGUCUGGGUCGAAUGUCGAGGUCGAUUGCACGUGGAGCCAGGCAAGGGCCGAAAAGCUAUUGUAUUGAUCGGCCGUGCACGAGGCAUGACGCACAUGCCAGCGCCGGAGAAGGAGAAAACACCGCCGACUCCUACACCCAUUUCGCGUCAAGCGCGACAUGUUUCAGGAUCGCCGACGGGCUCGGGCAGUGGUCUUGAAUGGGCGCUGCAGCCCAAGAGGGCGAGGAUCGAGGGUGCGAGUACGAGCCCGGUCAGUUCGCCGCUGCCCAGCGCCACUCUCCCCACCGCCUUUCAUGGUGUCAUGGAUCCGUAUGGGCUGCUGCUUUCCGUUGGGGUUGGAGCGAAUACCGUGCUCGGCCUCGAGCCAGCAAGUAUCCGGGGCACCAGAAUCGGUGCCCUGGUCGUGGAUUCCCAUGCACCGUCCAAUCCCAUUGAGAGCACCCUUGCUGCAUGGCGGCAGGAAAUUCCGAAUGGGAUUCGCCAGAUCCAGUGCACCCUGCAAGGCAAGAACGGUCCCGUUUCCGCCAUCGUUCGCUUCGUCGCUCCAGCGGCUGAACGCACUCCGCUGCCCUGUGCGGUUGCGCCUGCUCAGCUGAUGUACGGCGUUUAUCUCGCCUCGUGUCCCCCUCGGCCCUCGCCAAACGCAAAUCCGUUUCACCGGCUCGAUCCCAAUGUGGGGGAGAGCUGGCAGUAUGAGUUGUCGCAGCUGCGGUUCGCGAAUGAGCGGCUGAUCGAGGAGAUCCAGGAGCUGGAACGUGCGGAGGAGAAGAGGGCUGUGAAGAAGGCCGUUGAAGAGGAGAAGCAAAGGAUUGUCUCGCGCUACGAGGUCCCCGAAUAUUCUUCCUACUCUAAUGCCGGAUUCACGGGCGUCCCUCUCACACUCACUGGUCGACGCCAGCAGCUUCAGAACGAUUCGGCGUCAUGGCAGGGGCGUAGCGCAUAUCCGGCUUCGUCAUCCUCGUCAAGCCCCUACUCCCUGCCGAUGAAACGGCCCUGGGAGGACGUGUAAAACAGUUCGCGACUUAUUUAUUAUAUCAUACUGUAUCAUCUCUCCAUAUGUACUUGUAGCUCUCAGUUUCCGACUCUUUCGCAGUACACGCAGCUAACAUUGUUUUCUCGAUUUCCCCCUUAACUUAUCUGUCUCAAACGCGAUCGGUGUAUG